GCGCAUCAAGUUUCAUCGUACGGCAGAGAAGCAUUUUGGCAUGAGCCAGCAACACAACAUCAUCAACUUGCGCCACAUUGAAACAGCCCCCGACUUGGCGGGAGAAGGAGGAUAUAAUACUCAAUUCUCAGCACCAAGCUUACGAGGGAAGGUAGGGCUUGAAAAUGGAGAUGUCGAACUUGUAAAUGGCAGAUUUUAAAAUGUGUAGGACAAAAUAAUCCCAAGUAUUCUACAGAAAUGCUAACGGGAAGAGAAAGUUUGAGCAGAUUAAUUGGCAAACGGCGCCGUUUUCUCCCCAGUCUUCAAUCCGUUCUCUCUUCGCCAAUCCAGGGCUCUUUGAAUCUCUCAUCUGAUAAAAAUGGGAGCUUGGCUGAGACCCAAUGUUCCAAAGGCAAGGUUGAAAUGUCCAGUUCUGAUUGGGUAACCUGCCCUGUGUGUGGGAACAAAGUUCCUGGUGAAGAUUGCAUUCUCAAUUCUCAUCUAGAUGGAUGUCUUUCUAGAAGAACUAAGCGGAAGUUGACACAGCUGACACUUCUUCAGUUAAACUUUGGUUGUUCUCAAUCAAAUGUUCAAGUUUCUUCCAGUGAAUCAGAAAAGUUGCUGACUAGUGACCUUUAUAAGAGUCCUUGUGACUCUGAGGAGAAGGCCACCUGUGGAUUCUCUAAAGUCAGUCCAAGUGAAGGAAAAAGCCAUGAUCAGUGGAGACGAUUUCUACAGACGGAGAGUGUUAAACAAAUUGACAUGGCUGGUUCAACAGAAAAUCCAAUCAGUGAUGGAAGAGCAAAAAUUAUGGUUGAUGUGCCUGCAUUGUCUGCAGAUAAUGAGGAGCCUAGACAUCUUAUGGAUGAAACUGUAGAUGACAUAUCUGGGGUGCCUAUUGAUACUUUUAUAGUUGGCCGUAAGUUUAGUGAUGUAAAGUACUUAAAUCUUGGGGCGAGCAUAUCUCUUCUGAGGGACCCUGAUAAUAUUAACGAUUCUAAUGCUAUCAAGGUUCUUUCCGCAAGUUCUGCAUGCUGUAAAGUGCUUGGUUACCUCCCUCGAGAGCUAGCUCAGUAUUUAUCUCCUCUAAUUGAGAAGUACUGCUUGACCUUUGAGGGAUGUGUGAUUGCUGUUACUAGAAGUUCUCUUCAUGCUGUUCCAAUUCAGAUUGUGUGUCAGAACAUGAUAUUAAAUGGUGAAAAAGGAUGCGAUAAUUUUGAGGUGUUCAAACAUUUGUGGCAAAAAGUUCUUCAAGUAGUUGAAUUUGCAAAGAAUCGCCCACCUAAUACAACAAAAUAUCAGGAAAACUUUUGUCUGUUACUACAGGAGGUUCUAAGAAGUAGCCCUCACCUUUUCACAGAUGAUGAAAAGAAAUUCAUUGAAUCAUUCACUUCAUUAUCAGAGGAUAGUCGGAGGCUUUUUGUUCGGCUUUAUACGCGGAAAGGACCAUGGUUUCGACUGUCGACCAUUAUGUACCCCGAAGUAUGUAAUUGUCAACAAGCUGUCAAGGAGCUAUCUGCAAAUGGCUAUAUAUGUCUCUUUGAAGAUAUAACUGAACUACCUGAGGAUGACAUGAAGAACCUUUUGAGUCUGCUCACUGUUUCUGAGCUUCGUGACAUUUUAUGUACGCUUAAAAAGAAAUGUAAUCGUGGUUCAAGAAAGCAAAAUCUUAUUGCGUCUCUUCUUUCUUGCUAUAAAGGUGGAUCAUGCCCUGUUCUACCACACUUGAUUUUGGAGAGAACUGACAUUUGUACUAGGAUAUCUUCAGAAGCUGAAUCCCUUUUUUGGCGUGCUGAGAGGCUUUUCUUCCUAAAUGGAGAACAGGAUCUGUCAGCAUUCCUACUGGUGGAUCUGGGGAUUGUCAAGUAUCCUACUUACAACUGCAUAAUUUCUGAACAGAUUUUCUCAAGUAAAAGUGACUUGCUUGCUUAUGAAGAGGCGAUUGGAGUGGCUCAAAUAAUGGAUCAAUCUCUUGAUGAAAACAACUUUGAAUUGGUCUUAAGAUGCAUCAUGAUAGCUGAGUCCCGUAUAUCCAGCUCUUCUGAGAAAUUGAUUGAAACCUCUACUCCUGAAUUAAUGUCUACAUUUCUAUCAUGCUUCUCAGCCUCAUGGGUGUAUUCCAAAGUGAUCUUGUUAGGAAUUUCCUUCCUUGAGCGUGAGCAGAGGUACAAUGAUGCAAUACAUUUACUAAGGCGAUUGCUCAAUUGCUUUACCUGUGAUAGAAGAAGAGGAUAUUGGACUGUAAGAUUGUCCAUUGAUUUGGAGCAUAUGGGCUGCCCCAAUGAGAGUCUUUCAGUUGCUGAAACUGGAUUAUUAGAUCCUUGGAUUCGUGCUGGUUCAAGAAUGGCACUACAAAGGCGAGUUCUUCGCUUGGGAAAACCACCAAGGCGCUGGAAAACUCCAAGCUUUCCUGAGUCAAUUAAGAGGAACAUAACAGAGGUUCAUAUUCAAGGUAGACCAUUGAAUUGUGAAGCUGGUAGAAAAAGCAGGUUCUAUGGGGAAGAUGGGGAGCAAUGUGGAGUAGAACAGCUCGCUCUGCAGUAUUAUGCCACAGAAGGAGGUGGAUGGCAGGGUGUCCAUACAGAGAGUGGUAUCUGGUUGACUAUUUUUGGGCUUCUCAUGUGGAAUGUGUUAUUUUCUGAUGUACCAAAUGUUUUCCGCACUAGAUUUCAGCUUAACCCUAUGUUUGCAAGCUAAGAGGGGUAGGAAAGAAGAGGAGAAUGGAGACAAUGAGAAGAAAUAGGGCACCGUUCCCCUGCUUGGAUUACAUAAAAAGAAGAGUGAAAGGAAACGAAGGAGUACAAUAGAAACCUUGUUUGUUUAAGGAGCAGAAAAGGAAGGAAAUAAUAAUUUAUUAUGUACAUUAUGAUUAAGUCAUUGUCAGCCACAAAUCUCUCCCCUGUGUUUAGAGCUUUUCUUAAAUUAGGAAAUGCACUCUUCUUCCUUUACCUUCCUCUCCCUUCCCCUCCCUUUCCUUCAAUCCAAACAAAACCUAUGUAAUGCCAAGGAUGAUGUUAGAGUUGUGGGAUAUUUUGGAAGGCUGGGUGUAAAUUAUUAUUACUAGAAAAUGAAACAGAUAGCUUUUAUAGGCUGUUUCAAUUAAACAAUGUUGGAACAAAUAAAAUGUUCUUACUUUAAAGUUGUCAGCUUAACAACAUAUGAGGUAUUAACUAUCAAGUUUGGUGUUGUUUAUGUUCCUAUGAUACAUGAAGUGAGCAUGUCACUCUGUAGAAUUUGCUCAUGUUGCUGGGAUCAUAUUGUGAUUACAUGUUCAAGACACGAGGAGUGCUGGGCUCUGGUUGAAAUUAGCUGUUAUAUAUUGCAAAAAUUGAGAAGGGUGGAGAGAAAGAAUGCGGAAACUUGAAAAUUUCUCCACCCUUGAAAUGAUAAAUGCUGAUAAAACAUUCAAAUAUGUGUGUGUUUGGAGAAAAAAGGAAGCAAAACAAACAUUUGAAAGAGGAAAUAGUUUUGACUCAAUAAUGAAUUUGAAUUCUGUGAAAAAUCUCCUGUUCUUUUUUCUUUGGAUGAGUUAUAGUUGUUAAAUUUGUGUCUAAGUGGGUUCUACAAAGAAGUAAAGAUAUUUCCUU